GUCUUGAUUCUUUGGAGGGGGAGAGAAGAGGGUGGUUGACAGAGGGUUUUAGAAUAAGGAUGGGGGAAGGAAAAAGGCUUAGCUUCUGGUGGGAUCAUUGGUGUGGGGAAGGGUGUCUUGCUAAUAAGUUUUCAAGAUUAUAUUUGUUAUCAGCAGGUAAAGAGAACACGUGCCACCAAAUGGGCAAUGCUAGCAAUGGCUCAUGGAAAUGGAACUUAAAAUGGAGAAGGAAUUUGUAUGAGUGGGAAGCUGCCGAAGCCAUGGAACUUCAAAAGAUGAUAGAAGAUGAGAAGAUAUCGGAAGGUGUCCCCGACAGAUGGAAGUGGACUCACGACAAGAGAGGCCAAUAUUCAACCAAAACUGCUUAUUCUCUUCUAACAUUGGAGCAGGGGGAAGUGAAUGAAGCAAAGACUUUCAAAAGAAUAUGGAACCCCAGUUUCCCUAGUAAAAUUUCAGCUUUCAAUUGGCAAUUACUUUUGAAUAGAAUACCAACCAAGGCUAAUUUGCUAAGAAGAGGGGUCAUUAAAGAUGCGACAGAAGCUAAGUGUGCCCUUUGUAAUGAAGAAGAAGAGGAUUCUACUCACUUGUUCUUGAACUGCAAAAUUGCAAGAUGGGUGUGGAUGGCUUGCUCAAAAUGGUGGGGGACCAACAUCACAGUGAACAGGGAUUGCUGGAAUACUUUCCAACUCAUUGGGAAGGGCACUAAAGGAUCAAACAUUAGAGAAUGCAUGGAUUGUAUGUGGAAAACUGUUGUGUGGUCCAUGUGGAAAACUGUUGUGUGGUCCAUGUGGAUUGCUAGAAAUCAGAAGAUCUUCCACAAUAAAGAGGACAAAGAGAUAAAUCUGGGAAAACUUUUCGAACUCAUCCAAAUGAGAUCCUUCCUAUGGAUUAAAGCAAAAAAGGAAAGGUAUGCCUUCAAUUUGACGGAUUGGCUAAUUAAUACCGCUCAGUGUUUGAAAAGUACAGUGGGUUCACGAAGGUUGCAUUGAGCAGAAGAAGAAAUUGCAAAAGAGGGU